AGCAGAGCAGAGUGGGCGGGUGUUGCGGGAGGGAAGAAGCGAACCGGAGCGCGUCGUCCUGAGAGGAGUGAAGGCGGCAAAAUGGCGGACCGUUUCUCCCGCUUCAACGAAGACCGAGACUUUCAGGGUAAUCACUUUGAUCAGUAUGAAGAAGGACACUUGGAAAUUGAACAAGCAUCACUUGACAAGCCUAUAGAAUCGGAUAAUAUUGGACACCGCUUACUCCAGAAACAUGGGUGGAAGCUGGGCCAGGGAUUGGGAAAAUCUCUUCAGGGAAGAACAGAUCCCAUACCAAUUGUUGUCAAGUAUGAUGUCAUGGGCAUGGGUCGCAUGGAAAUGGAGCUCGAUUAUGCCGAAGAUGCUACCGAACGGCGGCGUGUCCUAGAGGUGGAAAAAGAAGACACAGAAGAAUUAAGACAAAAGUACAAGGAUUAUGUUGACAAAGAGAAGGCAAUUGCCAAAGCCUUGGAAGACCUCAGAGCCAAUUUUUACUGUGAACUCUGUGAUAAGCAAUAUCAAAAACAUCAGGAAUUUGACAACCAUAUCAACUCCUAUGAUCAUGCACACAAACAGAGAUUGAAAGAUCUUAAGCAGAGAGAGUUUGCUCGAAAUGUCUCUUCAAGAUCCCGCAAGGAUGAGAAGAAACAGGAAAAAGCCCUUCGGCGGCUCCAUGAGUUGGCAGAGCAAAGAAAGCAAGCUGAAUGUGCACCUGGAAGUGGUCCCAUGUUCAGACCAACCACAGUGGCUGUAGAUGAAGAAGGUGGAGAUGAUGAAAAGGAUGAAUCAGCUACAAUCAGUGGUACAGGUGCCACCACUACUUGUGGCCUAGGAUCUGAAUUUUCCACAGACAAAGGAGGCCCUUUCAAUGCUGUACAAAUCACUAAUACCACUGGAUUGACACAGCCUCCUGGGUUGACUUCCCAAGGCAUCAGCUUUGGCAUUAAGAAUAAUUUGGGUACCCCGUCACAAAAAUUGGGAGUGUCAUUUUCCUUUGCCAAGAAGGCUCCUGUCAAACUUGAAUCGAUAGCUUCAGUUUUCAAGGACCACGCAGAGGAAGGGACCUCUGAAGAUGGAACAAAAGCUGAUGAGAAGGGUUCUGACCAAGGACUGCAGAAGGUUGGAGACUCUGAUGGUAGUGGCAAUCUUGAUGGCAAAAAAGAGGAUGAAGAUCCUCAAGAUGGUGGGUCCCUUGCCUCAACAUUAUCUAAGUUAAAAAGAAUGAAGCGAGAAGAAGGAGCUGGGGCCACAGAACCAGAAUAUUACCACUACAUCCCCCCAGCUCACUGCAAAGUAAAACCUAAUUUUCCCUUCCUACUCUUUAUGAGAGCCAGUGAACAAAUGGAAGGUGAUAAUAGUGCACACUCAAAGAAUGUCCCAGAGAGCAAAAAAGGUAAUUCUCCCAAGCCUAAAGUCUGCAUCAAGGUGGCAGCAAGCCAAGGAGCAGAAAAGACAGUUAGUGAUGUCUCUGAGCAGCAGAAGGAAACCAGUGUAGCUGAGACCUCAGAGCCUGGAAGCAAAGCUGAGACAAAGAAAGCCUUGGGAGGGGGUAUAAAUGAGCAGAGCUUAGAGAGUCAGAAGGCUUCAGAGAUCCAUAUAUGUGCAUCUAAUUCUAAAGAAACGACUCAGGCCUCCCCAGCAGGGAAGGAAAGCCAGGAAGGACCCAAACAUCCUACGGGUCCCUUCUUCCCAGUUUUGAGCAAAGAUGAAAGCACUGCCCUCCAGUGGCCAUCAGAACUAUUGAUGUUCACCAAGGCAGAACCCUCCAUUUCAUACAGUUGUAACCCUUUAUACUUUGACUUUAAACUUUCAAGGAACAAAGAUGCCAGAGCUAAAGGGGCAGAAAAACCAAAGGAUGUAGGAGGCCCCUCAAAGGACCAUCUUCAAGACGUUGAUCCUGGGAAACCAAAUAAAAGCAAGGAGGGAGAGAAUGUAGUACAUUCCUCAGCAGGCAGAAUAGAUGCCCCCACUUCAGGUUCUACCUGUAGCAGCUUGAACAAGCAGGAGCCUGGGGGCAGCCAUGGGUCAGAGACAGAAGACCCAGGAAGAAGCAAGAAAGAACGAUCUGGGAAGUCCCACCGACAUAAAAAGAAAAAGAAGCACAAAAAAUCCAGCAAACACAAACGGAAGCACAAGACUGACCCAGAAGAGAAAAGCUGUAAGGCAGAGUCUGGUGAGAAGUCGAAGAAGCGCAAGAAACGAAAACACAAGAAGAAUAAGUCAUCAGCCCCUGCAGACUCUGAACGGGGCCCCAAACCAGAACCCCCUGGGAGUGGCAGCCCUGCACCACCAAGGAGACGGCGACGAGCUCAAGAUGAUUCCCAGCCAAGAUCACUCCCAACUGAAGAGGGCAGCAGUGGCAAGAAGGAUGAAGGCGGAGGCGGUAGCAGCUCCCAAGAUCAUGGUGGGAGGAAACACAAAGGUGAACCUCCAACUUCAUCCUGCCAGCGAAGAGCUGGCACCAAACGGAGCAGUCGAUCCAGUCAUCGGAGCCAACCCAGUAGUGGAGAUGAGGAUAGUGAUGAUGUCUCAUCACGCCGGCAGCACCAAAAGUCUCCAUCCCAGUACAGUGAGGAGGAGGAGGAAGACUCAGGCAGUGAGCAUUCCCGUAGUCGUUCACUAUCUGGCCGGCGCCAUUCCUCCCACCGUUCCUCCCGACGUUCUUACUCAAGUAGCUCAGAUGCUUCUUCAGACCAGAGCUGCUAUAGUAGACAACGUAGUUACUCUGAUGACAGUUACAGUGACUAUAGUGACAGAUCACGAAGGCACUCCAAGCGCUCCCAUGACUCUGAUGAUUCAGACUAUGCCAGCUCCAAGCACCGGUCCAAACGGCACAAAUAUUCUUCUGAUGAUGAUGACUAUAGCCUCAGUUGCAGCCAGUCCCGAAGCCGGUCUCGGAGCCACACCAGGGAGCGCUCAAGAUCCCGGGGCCGCAGCCGCAGCAGCAGUUGUAGUCGCAGCCGAAGCAAACGGAGAAGCCGGAGCACCACAGCCCACAGCUGGCAGCGAAGCCGGAGCUAUAGCCGGGACCGCAGCCACAGCACCAGGAGCCCUUCCCAGAGAUCCAGCUCCAGAAAGGGCUCAUGGGGUCAUGAGAGCCCUGAAGAGAGGCGUUCUGGUCGUCGGGACUUCGUUCGCUCUAAGAUCUAUCGCUCCCAGUCCCCCCAAUAUUUCCGAUCAAGCCGGGGAGAAGGUCCUGGGAAGAAAGAAAAUGGCAGAGGAGAUGACAGUAAAGGGACGGGCCUACCCUCCCAGAACAGCAACACUGGUACAGGAAGGGGGUCAGAUGGUGAAUACAGCCCUGAAGAUAAGAACUCUGUUACUGCCAAGCUGCUACUGGAGAAGAUCCAGUCAAGAAAAGUGGAAAGGAAACCCAGUGUGAGUGAGGAGGUGCUGGCCACCCCUAAUAAGGCUGGACUCAAGCUCAAGGACCCACCACAAGGUUACUUUGGGCCCAAACUCCCUCCCUCUCUUGGCAAUAAGCCUGUCCUUCCACUGAUAGGGAAACUCCCAGCUACUCGAAAGCCCAAUACCAAGAAAUGUGAAGGGUCUGGCUUAGAAAAGGGGGAAGAGCAAGAACAGUCAGAAACAGAAGAGGGGCCCCCAGGGAGUAGAGAUGCCCAAUUUGGGCAUCAGUUCCCCUCAGAGGAAACAGCUGGCCCCUUAUCAGACCCUCCACCUCCAGAAGAGCCAAAGUCUGAAGAAGCCACUGCUGAUCACCCUGUGGCUCCACUGGGCACUCCAGCGCACUCUGACUGUUACUCUGGGGACCCAUCCAUCUCCCAUAACUACCUCCCUGACCCCAGUGAUGGGGACACUCUGGAGUCCCUGGAUAGUGGCAGUCAACCAGGCCCCAUGGAAUCCAGCUUGCUGCCGGUAACAUCAGAUCUUGAGCACUUCCCGAGUUAUGCACCUCCCAGUGGGGACCCUAGCAUUGAGUCAACAGAUGGGGCUGAGGAUGCCUCAUUGGCCCCCCUAGAGAGCCAGCCCAUCACCUUCACCCCUGAGGAGAUGGAAAAGUAUAGCAAGCUCCAGCAGGCCGCACAGCAACACAUCCAACAGCAGCUUCUGGCCAAGCAAGUAAAGGCCUUUCCAGCCUCAGCUGCCCUGGCCCCAGCUACUCCGGCCCUGCAGCCUAUCCACAUUCAGCAGCCAGCCACAGCCUCUGCCACCUCCAUCACAACUGUUCAGCAUGCCAUCCUGCAACAUCAUGCCGCAGCAGCCGCGGCUGCCAUUGGCAUUCACCCCCACCCUCAUCCUCAGCCGCUUGCCCAAGUACAUCACAUUCCCCAGCCCCACCUGACCCCAAUUUCCUUGUCUCACCUUACACACUCAAUCAUCCCUGGCCACCCUGCCACCUUCCUCGCUAGUCAUCCCAUCCACAUCAUUCCUGCCUCAGCCAUCCAUCCUGGGCCCUUCACCUUCCACCCCGUCCCACAUGCUGCCCUCUACCCAACCUUACUUGCCCCACGACCUGCUGCAGCAGCUGCCACUGCCCUCCACCUUCACCCACUGCUUCAUCCCAUCUUCUCAGGUCAGGACCUGCAGCACCCCCCUAGCCAUGGCACAUGAGUUGAGGGAUGGGAGUACAGGGAAGGUGACCCAUAAAUCUUCCCUUGGGGGUGUUGAGCCAUUAAUACCAGCACAUAGAAGCUGGAGUGGGCAGUGUCUUUUGACAGCCAAAGAAUUGAGUUUUGGCUUGCAGGGGUGGUUUUAGGUUUGAGGUUUGCUUGAGUUUACUAUCAGGGAUUUUUUUUGUUUGUUUUCCUUUCCCCCUUCCUGUUUGUCCCUCCUCUCCUAUGUUUCUAAGCUAGGAAACACCAGUAAGUACUACCCACUCCUCUGCAGCAACAUCUCCAAACUGUCCAGUUUAGAUACACCCUCCCUCUAUCUUUUGCUCUUCCCUUCUAUAAAUUUUAAAACAUUUUCCUCCUCUCUGGCCAGCAGGUUGUCACCAAAGCAUUUGCUGAAGGCCCAUGUGGUCCUGCCUUCUCAAUGCCACAAGGAAGGCCAAACUGUCCCUCAGGUGGUGAAAACACCACCACUUUGGGUCAGUAUUUUUGACCAUCCCUUGGUGACAUGUUAUCCCAGGUGAGGUGGAAGGGGAGUCUGAUCUGGAACCAGAUGCUACUCUGGCUGUAGUUCGAUCCACUUCCCACCUAGCCUCAUGUUUGAUACUGUCAUCCUCAUGUCCCCAUCCCAAAAGAGGCAUCUGCAUAUCCGAGAAAAGGAGUUCUAUCAUGAAUAGAAGCUUUGUGGAACAUGGAGUCACCAUGUGCUUCCCCAGAGAGGAGCUCAUGUGUCUGAAGGGUAUUUUUUCUUCUGUCAUGUUGAUGUUUCCUUCUUAAUUUAUAGGAUUUUUUUUAAUGUAAAAAAUUGCACUGAACUCUAAACGUAAAUGCUGCUUUUUGUAGCUCAUAUAUAAAAGGUUCCAUAUUUGUAGUAUACUGCAAUAAUAUUUUUUACAUCCAGCUCUUUAAGUGAUCCUUGUUCUGGUGGCUUUGUGUAAAUAUGUUUGCCCUAGUUGAAUUAAGAAACUCUAAAGGUUAUAAAAUGAAAACAAAAAAAUAAAGCGUUUGUUUUCUGCUAGAUGCAAAAAUGACUAAGCAUGUAUAUUUUAUCAAGGUCAUGUAUUUUUUGAAGUUAUGAACUAUAAAAAUGUUUAAAAAAAAAAAAAAAACAGCAUUGUUUAACAGUUUUUGCUGGGACAAAAUGUUAAUUAAGUAAUUUGCAGUAAUUGAUGUUCCCAGCACUGAGAUUUUUGAGCUAAUGGGCAGCAGUCAGCUGGGGGUGUCAGAGGGAUGCUCACUUGCUUUGUUGUUUUAUACAGAGAAAAGGAGAACCCCACAGGAGGAAGGGGAGAUUCAGGAACUUUAUCGUCUGAAAGCAGUGGGAUUCAGAGUGAUUGUCUGGAGGACCCCUGGGUUUCCUGGGUGCCUUGUUCCAGGCAGUCCAUCUGCCUUCCUAAUACUUAGCCCCCUCUGACAAUUUCUUUAAAUGUGCCUUUUGGGUUGGCUAGAAACUGAGGAGAAGUAGACUGGAGGAUAAUAGAAUUGGGACAAUUUUCUUCCUCCGCUUGUUGGGAGGUGAGCACAUUUAUAGACACUUCAAAUUCUUUUGCUUCAUAGUUUCCAUGCCUUCUGCCCAACUUAGUUUGAGGCAGUAAUGGUUCCUUUUUUUUUCUUUCUUCCUAUGACACUGACCCGAGGAAUUACCACCUCAGUCCCCCUUCCCUGGCUUCCUGCCCUUCACCCAGGCUAUCAGCUCUAAUUAAUACACUGACCCAAAGGUGUUUGCAUUUCAGAUCCCAUCUCCUCUUUGGCAAUUGCCUACCCAUUCCUGUGUCUAGAAUUGGUUGGGUGAUCACCUGACAGGGAAAACAAACCUACUUAACCCGGGCCAGGGCUCUGUAUUCCUGCCUUUCUUCUCAGAUUACCAAAAGAAAGCAUUUUUUGAGUUCAUGAGAAGCAAGUGCUGGGUAAACAACACUCUUGACUGAGCUCCCUACCUGUUCAGUGCUCUUUGUCUGAUUCAGCAGCAUCGCUUUUUCAAUGACUAGCACUGGAAAAAUGUAACCAUCUAUUUCAAGAGGGGGGACUCAUUUUUCUUUGCUUUCAGCCCAUGUAAAUAUUUAAAUAAUAACAGUAUUAACAUUUCUGUGCUGCUUCCCAUUAGCUUGUAGAUUGAGCCAUACACUGGCUGCCUCUCUGCCUUCCUGGGGGCAGUUUUCUUCAACUUCCAGCAUAGUGAUUUUAAAACUUAAAAAAAAAAAAAAAAGGAAAAACAAAAGAACCUAUCCUUACUCACAAGCAUUA